AAGCUUGCAGAAAGCCACUAUCGGUUGUCGCGCCCGGGGUCAAUCGACAAAACCUUCUCAUAAUAUGCUCGCCAUCUGUCUUCAUUCGUAUUGAAGCUUGCACAUACAUCAAUUUGAAGCCAUUCUUUCCUGAAGCGUUUCAGAUACAUUGGCUCAGAAAUUUUGGGCAAUUGCGCUGUCCUAGGACACGAUGAUGCAUAUAUAACUUACAGCACUGUUGUUUUCCAGUGUCCUUUUCCCCAUCUUUUCAUAGAUACAUUCAUUCGCUUUGAAUUUUUACUCCUCCAAUUUUUCUUGAAUAUUCUUGAAUUAUGGUAUAUUUCUUAUGAUUCUCGAUCAGAUUGUGGAAUAUCCUGAACCUACACGUUCUUUUCUUCUUUUUCUUCCAAAAGUUUCAAAAUAAACCUCUCACCGAGGGCACGAUGGACGGGUUUCGGUGGUUAUAUAACCUCGCUAAGGCCUUGAUCGCCUUUCACUUAUUCGUCUCUCCCGCUACAGCCGCGCCACAAAUUCAUACUUCGACCUAUCCGCGCCAACUUCAGGGUCAGGAUAACGAUACAAAUUUUGAAGUCCUUCCAUUUAUCAAAACCUUCGCUGCAGUCGGGGACUCUUAUUCUGUAGGCAUAGGGGCUGGUAAACGCCUCGAAGGCCUGGGUGACUGGUACUGCUCUCGGUACGACCAUUCUUACCCCUACCUGAUCAAUGGCGACGGACGACUCGGGAAUGACAAGGAUCGAGAGUUUAAAUUUUUGUCCUGCUCAGGAGCAACGAUCCCUGAUAUUACGGAAACACAACUGGGAGCGCUGGAGGACGGAAGCCAACAAGUAAUCACCAUUUCUGGGGGCGGAAAUGAUGCCGGUUUUGCUCACGUACUUAACGGGUGCAUUUACCAAUGGACUUACGGGACCCAGAAAACCUGCGAUAAGAACAUUCAACAGGCCUCGGAUACGCUCAAUAGUGCUCAGUUCUCUGAAAGUAUUGACAAUCUCAUUAGUCUGGCUAAGAAGAAAUUGAGUCCGGAUGGACACAUUUACUAUACCGGCUAUCAGCAAUUCUUUGCGACAGACGAUCGCCAGUGUGACAAAGUGAGCUGGUCUUGGCUUUUGGGGCCCGAUAAGGAAUACCUGACAUUGGAAAACCGCCAAAAGCUGAACAGCUUAGUCAACCUCACCAAUUCAAAAAUAGAAGCAGCCGUGAAUCGAGCUGCGGAUUCAGUGGACUUUGUCAGCGUAGACAAGUCUUACGGGGAAGCACAUGGCCGCUUCUGUGAGGCGGAGUAUCCAGAACCGGAGCCAGACCGACCUGGGCUUCUCCUGUACGAAUCGGACACGGAAGACCCGAAAAGUAAAUAUGCAAGGUUUGCCAACAUUUUGCAACCCGAGGCAACGGGAUCUGAUCUGGUCAUGGCGGACACGUUUGAGGGACAAAUCGAAGCCUUAUACCAGUCUUAUCUUGCACAGCAACCGAACGCUACUAGCCACCCAAAGAUUGGCCUACCACCUGGUUCUCUAAUAAAUAUGACGACGAAUAUCAAAUUCUCACUACCAUCUAAUUUGGCGACAACUGUCACUGUAUCCAGAAAGAGCGCUUCCCAUUCAAACGACACAAUCGCGAAGAAUGUUACUCAGCCAACCAACAGUGCAGACUUUGUCGAGAUCCUGCAACACUUCAAUGCCACGACUGACCAGAAAAAUCGUCUGUACUUGAGCGCUUUUCUUCCCGACUGUCUCAAGAGGAUCUUCCACCCACGGCCGAGAGGCCAUCAGAUGAUGGCUGACGCCGUAAUUUACCACAUGACUGUGCGCAAUGCUAACAAGCUCAAAGAGCCUGUUUCUACAGAGAAUGUCCCGGUCAGAACAUGAGCUAUAGUAUGGGCAAUAUAAUGCGUCCAAUAGAUCUCUAAGUGUAUCAUAUCAAAUCUCUAUUCAGUAGACUUGUGAUCCAUGUAGCAACAGGGAGUUAUACAUUCGAAGGGUUACAGUUAUUACCAUUCUGCAAAUUACUAUGCUGAAUUGUGGAAUGAAAUUUAAAAAGCAUUUCUUUUGACAGGAAUUAUAUCGAUCUAUUGCGAACAAUACAUUAAUCUUGUACGGAGAUAGUGGUCAACAUGACAGCGGAG